AUGGCGAUCUGUAUCACAUUCGGCACUCAUGAGUUCACGAGCAUGCUCGAGGGCUAUGAGAAUGUCCGUGCUUAUUGUUACAACUGCCAGCACUGGAACGGCCACUGCCUCACUCGAUGGCCAUUCUUCACCGUUUGCUUUGUUCCUCUGAUUCCACUUUCGACCCACAAGUAUAAGGAGGUUACAUGCUACACCUGCCGCUUCACUCAAGACUUGCGCGACCGGCCUGAUAUCACACCAGACACUAGGCCGCCGCCGCAUAUGCAAUGGGGGCCACAGCCACCCCCUCUGGCAUCCGGAGGUUGGCAGCAACAGCAGGACCCUGGCAAACAGCAACCUCAGCAAGAGUCUAUGGGAUACAAGUAA